AGUUCUACGGGGAAAAACAAUUGCUUUUUUGGACAAGCAUAGAAAAGAUUUUCCUCUCAAGGUUACUCAUGGUUUAUAAAACAAGGAUAGAAUCAAUCAACUGCCUGAUGAUUUUUCCUGUAAUGCUACCGUAAGUCAUGCUAAGUUACUAUGGAAGUGUAUUCUCUUUACAGUGUUUACUCUUUCAUCUAGUGGAAGUAAUAUAAUGUUGACUUUCUUUUCUUUUUGACAUAUCCUUUGUAUUCUGCUUGUUUUUUAAUUAGGUUGCUUCUGGUUUCAGUUACGAGGAUAGAAUCAGUCAACUGCCUGAUCAUCUUCUGUCAGAUAUACUCUUGCGUUUAGACUUGAUAGAAGCUGUUAGGACAAGAAUUUUGUCGAAAAGAUGGAAAGAUAUUUGCAAACUUAUGUCUAAACUAAACUUUGAUUGCUGUAAGAUGUUUGGAGAGAUUGAAGAUCAUGGUAACUACAGCUUUAAACAUAAGGGUAGGUUCUUGAAAGCAGUUGAUCAAUCUUUACGUCUUUAUUCAGGUCAACAUGUACCUUAUUUCAUUCUAACAUGUUGUUUGGGGAAAGAAUUUGCCAAUGUUAUCAGUAGAUGGAUGCAGUCUAUUGCUGCAUUAGGCGUAGAAGAACUUUUGAUCAAGUUCUGCUCCCCUAUUCAUGUUGAUAAAAAUGGCAACGGUAGCUUGGUCAAACAUUUUCCCUUCCCUUUUGAGCUUCUCUUUGAAGCAGCUUCAUUGAAAAACUUGCAUUUAUUCGCCUGCGUCCUACGACCAAGUUUUAAAGGCCAAUUCAAAUCCCUUCAGUUUCUGACUCUGUGUAUGGUCCCCUUGGAUGAUGGACAAUUGCCAAGCAUUUUUUCUUCUUGUCCGAACCUCCAGGGGUUGAGAGUUUCGCAUUGUAAACUUCCUUUUAGGAUGGAUAUUAUUGGUGUACAUCUCCGGUUGAAGUUUUUGUUCAUUGAAUCAUGCCAUGGCGUGAAAGAAAUAGAUAUCAGUGCUGGAAAUCUCACCUUUUUCUAUUGUUAUACUGAUGAAGUGAUAAAACAUUCACUUCGUUUCGUUCCCGAACUGGAAAACUUGAGUCUCAGCUGCAACGGUAGUGGUACAGUGCCUCAUUUGUUCAGUGAAGUUGCAAAAGAUUGUACUCAGCUAAAACAGUUACUUUUCCAGACUAAAACGGAUGAGCUACAGUGCAUACCUCUCAAGAUGGAUAUGUUCAGCAACCUCAGGAUACUAUACUUGUUGAUAAUGUUCGACUCUAAUAACUGGAUGACCAACUCUAAAGUUGAUCUACUUAAUCUCACCCCUAUUUUGGAUGCCUGUCCGUUGCUAGAGCAAUUUCGUCUCUUGGCCAGAUGCCCGGGUCGUAAUGCAAAAAGAGGAGGGGCAUGGCCUCCUAGGCAUCAUGCUCACCUAAAAGAAAUGGAAUUUGAUGGAUUUCGCGGAACGAUGAAUGAGAUUGCAUUUGCUUCUUUUUUGCUACGAAGUGCUUCAGAGCUGGAGCGGCUGUGCAUCCGCUCAUCAUACAGUACUUAUUCUGCAGAUUUCACAUGGACAGAACAUCCAGAUUAUGAGAUUUACCCUGAGGAGCGCCAGGAGAUAUACAAACAACUAAUGGGGCAAGCCCUGUCUAGCAAAGUGAAUGUGAUUUUCUCCUAACCUGUGGAUCCGAAACCAGGAGUUCUGAGUUGGUUUCUGUAUAUUCUACCAAGUGCCUUUUUGCUUGGAUCUCUUAACAUUUGGUUACACAAGAGGAGCUACCUCCUAAAUCCUAACUCCCAAUUUCUGCUUUUGCUUCAUCCAGGGACUUUCAGUUAAUUCAGGGGACGUUCAUUUUGUAACUGAACUCUUUAACUUCAGCUUUUUGUCUCUUGUUCUUGA